CCCGGCUAGGGAAUAACUGGCGGGAGCUGGGGGGGAGUGGCUGCGGCGGCCGGCGAGCCCGGGACGCCCGAGCCUGCCCCGAGCCUCGGCGGAGCGGAGCGGCCUCGGCGCUCCCGUGUCCCGCGCGGUCCCCGCUGCACCCCGCCGCCUAGGAGCCCGGUGGACGGCGGCUCCCGCGGCGGCCCCGGUAUGACUCGGCGGCGCUCGGCUCCAGCGUCCUGGCUGCUCCUGUCGCUGCUCGGUGUCACAGUGUCCCUGGAAGUGUCCGAGAGCCCUGGCAGUAUCCAGGUGGCCCGGGGCCAGACUGCAGUCCUGCCGUGUGCCUUCUCUACCAGUGCUGCUCUCAUUAACCUCAAUGUCAUCUGGAUGGUCAUUCCUCUCUCAAAUGCAAACCAGCCUGAACAGGUCAUUCUCUAUCAGGGUGGACAGAUGUUUGACGGCGCCCCCAGGUUCCAUGGGAGGGUAGGAUUUACAGGCACCAUGCCUGCUACCAAUGUCUCCAUCUUCAUCAAUAACACCCAACUCUCAGAUACAGGCACCUACCAGUGCUUGGUGAACAACCUUCCAGACAGAGGGGGCAGGAACAUUGGGGUUGCUGGCCUCACAGUGUUAGUCCCCCCUUCUGCUCCACACUGCCAAAUCCAAGGAUCCCAGGACAUCGGCAGCGACGUCAUCCUUCUGUGUAGUUCCGAGGAAGGCAUCCCUCGGCCCACUUACCUUUGGGAGAAGUUAGAUAAUACACUCAAGCUACCUCCAACCGCCACUCAGGACCAGGUCCAGGGAACAGUCACCAUCCGGAAUAUCAGUGCCCUGUCUUCGGGUCUGUACCAGUGCGUGGCUUCUAAUGCCAUCGGGACGAGCACCUGUCUCCUGGAUCUUCAGGUGAUCUCACCCCAGCCCCGAAGCGUUGGCGUCAUCGCUGGAGCUGUCGGCACCGGGGUAGUCCUCAUCAUUAUUUGUAUUGCACUGAUUUCAGGGGCAUUCUUUUACUGGAGAAGCAAAAAUAAAGAGGACGAGGAGGAAGAUAUCCCUAAUGAAAUCAGAGAGGAUGAUCUUCCACCUAAAUGCUCUUCUGCCAAAGCAUUUCACACAGAGAUAUCCUCCUCGGAAAAUAACACCUUGACCUCUUCCAAUACCUACAACAGUCGAUACUGGAACAACAAUCCCAAAACCCACAGAAACACGGGGUCAUUCAACCACUUCAGUGACUUACGCCAGUCUUUCUCUGGCAAUGCCGUUAUCCCCUCCAUCUAUGCAAAUGGGAGCCAUCUGGUCUCUGGCCCACAUAAGACCCUGGUAGUGACAGCCAACAGAGAGUCCUCACCCCAGGUCAUGCCCAGGAACAAUGGUUCAGUCAGCAGGAAGCCUUGGCCUCAGCACACACACUCCUACACUGUCAGCCAAGUGACUCUGGAGCGCAUAGGUGCAGUACCUGUCAUGGUGCCUGCCCAGAGUCGGGCGGGAUCCCUGGUGUAGGAUGUUUGAGGAUGCUGUGUGCAGAAGAGAAAAAAUGGAAUGCCUCCCGACAAGGGGGAGAGCAGGGGUGGGCGAGUGCUGGAAAGAUAGACUUUUGUUACCAUUACUUUAGUAGAAAGCACCAAGAAGACGGUGCUCUUGCCUGGCCACUGCAGUGUGUGAAGUGACCGAGAAUAUUCUGUCAUGAAGACUCAAGAAGACUGUUUCCUCACCACAGUUGUCCUGGGAUUCAGUUAAAAAAAAAAAAAAAAAAAAAAAAAAAACAAAACAAAACGCUGCAUCUCGAAUGACGUGCCAAGCCAAGGAGAAUGCUAGAAGCAGAAUAGCGCUUACAACCCAAACCGUGGUCCAGGUGGACCUGUUCUUUAAUUCUUGCCUAACUUAAUAAUUUUCAGGAGACUUAAGUGCCAGGUGGAGUUUAAAUAAUAAAAUUAUUUUUUAAAAUAUGUAUAUUUACAAAACAAACAUGAGCAAGCUUGUGAUCUGUUCUGCCUCUCCCAUUCCCCUUUAAUGGCGAGGCCUUAAUGGUACUAGCGAUGCAUUCCAACUGGGCUGGCUCUUUAUCAUAAAGGUGAAACUUUGUACAAAACACAAUUUGGCUAGAAAUGGGGGAAAAUAAGGAAACUUCUUGUGAACACCCCACACUCUUAUUUAUUUACCUCUUCCUGAACCGUGAACUUCUGUAUUUGGGAUUUUGCUAUGUUGACAAAUUCUUGUCUGUGUUUCUCUGGGAUCUCUUACAGGUCCAUGGCAAUUACUGUUCAUGAUUUCCUAAAAAAAAUAUUUUUUUAAAAGAAAACUAUUUUUUUUAAAUACUUGAAAGACACUGAACUAGGAAGGCAUGAACUUAACACCUUGUCCAGUGAUUGUGCUCAGUGGCUCAGCAGAAACCUGUCACGGUUCCGGGAAAUGAGGGGGCUGUCUGGAAAACAAGCUGGAGGCAGGUGGGAGGGGCCGCUGCGUUGCUAGGAGGGCCCCAAAGAAGCAAGAUUGUGCCUGUCAACUCUGCUGCCACACCGGCCACUUGUAAUGUGGGCAGCACCUGAUGUCUUUUGUACCGAGGAGGAUGACUCCCUCUUGUUUGACAAGUAGAGGUUAGUAGGCUGUUGCAGAAAGGGCAGGAGUUGGUUUGUUUCUUUCAAAAUAAUUCCUUUUUUUUUUUUUU